UGUGUUAGAGUUUAAAUACUGUUUUCUUUUAACUAAUAAUUUCAAAUUUCAAUUCUUUUUUAUUAUUCUAGCUAGUAGCUUGUUUUAUAUUUACAAAUUCGAAAUGUCCAACUACGCUUAAACUUCAAUAUUACUUAUAAAAGUAAAUUCCCUUAUUUAAAAUCGUCGCGUUGUGACAUUUUAUUACAAAAAAUACAACAACCAGGUACCAACAGCUGAAAUUUUUAGAAAAUAAUGGAAAAAGGACUGAACAUAACUACCGAAUUUACAAGUGGACUUCAAGUUUUAUUUGACAAUGUCAAGAAACACAAAGUAGUAUUGCCUGAAGCGAAAAAGCCUUGGACACUAGGUUUGCUCCUGUUCUGGAUUAAAGAUAACAUAUUGGUCGACAAAGACAAAUGCGAUUUGUUCAUGAAAGGCAACACUGUGAGGCCAGGCAUCAUUGUUGCUGUUAAUGACCAAGAUUGGGAGCUCUUGGGUGAUUUAAAUUAUCAAAUUAAGAAUAAUGACAAUAUUACAUUUAUAUCUACAUUACAUGGAGGUUAAAAAUUAAAACACCAAUGUUAUUUUAUUUAUUGUUUAUUUAAUAUAAAUGAAACCUACUUAAAUCAAUAAAAGUUCUUACACAAUA